CGAGAUACCUCCAGGCAACAAGUGGGUCUCUACGCUGUCCCACAUCUGUCCUGGGAUGAUGUCCCUGGUCACCAAGCGGGUCUAGCUGCUGUUCCACGCCCAUCCUGGGAUGAUAUCCCCAGUGACCAAGCAGGUCUGGCCACUAACCUGUUCCUGGAUGAUGCCCCUGGUCACCAAGGGCGUCUCUCCACUGUCCCGCGCCCUCCCGGGAUGAUGCCCUCAAUCACCAGGUGGGUCUCUCCACCAGUCUACACCCAUCCCAGGACAAUGCUCCUGCUCACCAAGCUUGUUUGUCCGCUGUCUCGCACCAGUCCCGGGGUGAUGCUGCUGGUGACCAAGUGGGUCUGGCCGCUGUCUCGCGCCCAUCCCAGGGUGAUGCUCCUGGUCACCAAGCAUGUUUGUCCACUGUCUCGUGCCUGUCCCAGGAUGAUGCCCCCGGUCACCAAGCUGGUCUGCUUACUGCCCCGUGCCUGUCCCAGGAUGAUGUCCCCAGUGACCAAGCAGGUCUCUCUGCUGUCCCAUACCCUUCCAGGGAUGAUGCCCCCAGUCCCCCACUGGGUCUCUCCCACUGUCCUGUGCCCCUCCCAGGAUGACGACCCUGGUCACCAAGCAGAUCUGGCCGCUGUCCUGCACUCUUCCAGGGAUGAUGCCCCCGAUCACCAAGCGGGUCUGGCUGCUGUCACACGCCCAUCCUGGGAUGAUGCUCCCAGUCACCAAGUGAGUCUCUCCACCGUCCCAUACCCAUCCUGGGAUGAUGCCCCUGGUCACCAAGCAGGUCUGGCCACUGUCCCGCACCUUUCCAGGGAUGAUGCCCCGGCCACCAAGCGGGUCUGGCUGCUGUCCCACACCCAUCCCGGGAUGACGCCCCCGGUCUUCCCGCUGUCCCCCACCGGCUGCGGUGCGGGGGCAGCGGAUCCGGCGCGGCCCCUCCGCCCCCCGGCGGUGAUGCCAUGCGGAGGAGGGAGGGAGGAUGGAGGGGAGGGCGGGGUGUGCGGCCGCGGCCCCCCCGUGCCCCCGCCCGCCGCUCGGCCACUGCCCGCCCCGACGGCCCCGGCAUGGACGCGCCCGGCCGCUCGCCCGCCGGGCCCCGAGCCGGCCCCGAGGGCGCGGCGACACGGGAACCGAGCCCGGCGGGCACCGGGGAGGAGGCGGCGUACGCCGAGAUCCGCGCCUCGCCGCAGCGCCGGGAGGAGAGCCGGCAGCCCGCCGAGCUGGCCCCGGGCGGCGGCGAGCAGCGAGAGGCCGGUCCCGCCGCGGGAGGAGCGGCCGGCGGCACCGGGGAUGCCGGCGGAGCGGCGGGACCGGCAUCCUCGCAGCGCGGCGGGGACCGCCCGCCUUCCCCGGGAUGCGGCUGCCCGGAGUCCUCCUCGUCCUCCUGCCCUUCGCCCGCGAGCAAAGCGGGCGGCUUCCCCGCGACGGGAGACCCGGCGUCGACGGAGAGCAAGACGUCCUCGUCCUCCUUCGGGUUCGAAAGCGAGGAGGACGAGGGCAAAGCGGGGCGCACGGCGGCGCCCCCGGGCGUCCCCCCCGGCCGCGACGAGGCGCACUACAUCAGCACACAGGAGAUCCAGCUGAGCGAGGUGGACCACGACAUGGACUUCGACGCGGGGCUGGCCGCCCGCUGGGACUUCGAGGACAACAACGUGAUUUACUCCUUCGUGGACUACGCCUCCUUCGGGAGCGACGAGACCCCGGGGGACACGGCGACGGAGGAGGAGGAGGAGAACAGCUGCUACCUCAGCACGACCACCAGCGACCCCAACAACCAGACGGACAGCAUCGACAACACCAGCAGCACCGAGAUCGUCAGCCUCACCUCCGAACGCGACACCCCCGGCGCGGAGAGGCGCGCCAGGUCGGGGCAGAGCCGCUCCAAGCAGCCGGGCAGCCCGGCCGCCCAGCUUCUCCUAUCAAUCAAAGCCGCUUCCCGGGCUAUAAAUGAGUCUAGCAACGUGCGCGGAAAUCAAAGCACUGUUUUCGCCGCCAAGCAUGAAGGCGACAUGAGCCACCGCGCCCCCGCGGGUCCCGGCCGCGACGCGGGUUUCAAACAGGACGCGGUUCGCGACCAGGCGAAAAAAUUCAUCGCGGUGCCGGCGCGGCUGCAGACCCGGUGCGGGGCGGGCAGGGCGGGCGAGCACUCGAGCGGCGCCUCCAGCGCCGUCAGCGAGCUGGACGAUGCCGACAAAGAAGUGAGAAACCUGACGGCCAGGGCUUUCCGCAGCCUGGCUUACCCUUACUUCGACACGCUGCGCCCGGGCUCCCGCGCCUCCUCCGCCUCCCUGCCCGACAAUGCGCUGGGCGUCAAUCGCUGGUCCACCUACCUGGACCUCAAGUGCGGCAGCCUGGGGCCGCGGGCAGAGCCCGGGCUGCUGCGCUCCGGCCGCUCGCAGAGCAGAGCCCUCGAGUUCGUGGUCAGCAAGCUCGACGGGGAGAUCGCUCACGUCGAGGCGCCGCGGAGGCUGCGGGCGGGUCCGAGGGUGGUGACGCUGCUGGACCUGGGCGAUGGCCCCGAGGCGGGCGGCGGGGACCCGGGGGGGUCCAGCAAGAAGUCCAGGUUCGCUUCCAGCCUGCUGAAAAACGUCAUCUCCAAGAAGAUGCAGCUGGAGCACGAGUUCAAGAUGGAGCGGGGAGAGAUCACCGACACCUCCUCCGCGCGGCCGGGGGCCGGGCGGGAGCCGGAGGGCGGCGCGCAGAGCUCCCGGCACUCGGAGGGAGGCUCGGAGGGCGCCGCGGCCGAGGAGCCGGGCGAGGGCGGCGGGCGCUCCCCGCCCUCCAAGGCUUCGACGCCCCGCGACCGAGCGCCGUCCGAGGAGCCGUGCGAGGUGAAGCGCAGCGCCUCGGAGGCCAUCAAAGCCACCUUCCUCCGCAGCCAGAACAGCGCCUUCAGGUCCUGGAAGGAGCGGGAGGCGGAGAAGAAGGAGGAGAGGGCGCCCGUCGGGAAGCUGAAGCUCUCCCCGAGGCACGACUGGCGGGCUGACCUGGGCGAGAUCUCCGCCGGCAAGUCCACCAAGAUGUCCCGCCUCUUCGUCCCCGCCAUCCAGCAAACCCUCCGGGAGAAGGAGCCCGGCAAGAAGGCGACCAAGUGCUCCGCCGCCGCCGCCGCCUCCUCCUCCUCCUCGCCCCCCGCCGCCAAGCCCAAAGCCCCCGAGAUCAAGAUCAGCCUGGGCAGCCUGCAGCCGCCCCGGGACGCCGCCUUCAGCAUCGCGCAGCUGCUGACGCCGCAGAUCGCCGCCCGCCCGCCGGAGGAGGGCAGAGGGCAGCAGCCCAAGCCGCCCAAGCCCGGCGACGGCCACGACAAGCUGCCGCAAUUCCUGGUGCGAGACGUGAGGGAGAGCAAGCACAGAGCCCAGGGCGCCCUCCACCAAGUGCGGGACGUGCGGAAACUCAUCAAGAGCUCCUACAGCUGCGACUCGGGCGACAACAGCAGCGACAAGGGCAGCGUCGCCUCCGACGAGCAGAAGCCCCGGCAGCAGCUGGUCAUCGCCGGCGUCCCCCGGUCCCUCUCCCCCGUGGUCAUCACCUGCCAGGCGCUCGGCCACGCCGGCUCCAAGCCCGUCGAGGGGGGGACCAAGGCGGCGGCGGGCAGGGCGCCGGGCUGCCCCCCCGAGGGGACCGUCCUGGUGCACCGCACCUCGGGGCGGCUGCCCGUCGCCACCAUCGCCCCCAACAAGAGCGACCCGCGCCAGCCGGCCGUGCUGAAGAUCGUCUCCAAAUCCGCGGCUCCCUGGCGGCACCAGCCCCCGCCGCCGCCCGCCGAGAGGGGCCGGGGCCCGGAGGAGGACCCGCGGGAGGAGGGCAAGGCGGCGGCGCCGGUGCAAAACGCGCUGGAGAAGCUGACGGCGGCGGUGCGGAGCAUGGAGGAGCUCUACAGCUUCAACAAGCGCGAGUGGAAGCGCAAGAGCGACCCGCUGCCCAUCACCGACAGCCACGUCCUCUCCCUCAUCGCCAGCCAGGAGCGGGACGCCGGGAAUCGCCCCAGCCCCGCCGCCGCCGCCUCCCCGCCGGGUAAACCGGAGGAGCCGUCGGGGAAGGCUCCGGGCGGCGAGAGGCCGCCUCGCCGCGCCUCCGGCAUCGCCGCCGACAAGGUUUCCGCCAAGGCGGCCGCUUUCGAGAGUCUGGCCCGUCAGCGGCAGCGCCUGCCGCCGCCCCCCCGCGCCGAGCCCCGCGCCGAGCCCCGCGGAGCCGCCCCCGCGCCGGCCAAGCCCCGCUCCGACGGCGCCCGCCGGGGACCGGCUGCCCCGCGGCUGCCCGCGGCCGAGGCGGAGCGCGCCCCGGACAAUUACCUGUCGCUGCCCGCCCCGCGCGGCUCCCCGGGGCCCGAGGGCGGCGGCAGCGGCGGAGGAGGAGGAGGAGGAGGAGGCGGCGUUCGCCCCAGCGCUGUGUCGGCGCUGUGCAACCCGCAGCCCCUGGGGGAGCGCCCCGCGGAGCCGCCGCCCGCCGAGGGUCCGCCCGCCGCGCUGUACCGCCCGCCGCUGCCGCUGCUCUGCUUCUCGCCCGCCGCCGGGGAGCCCUUCCCGCAGACGCAGCGCAAGGUGCUGCUGGACGUGAGCACCGGGCAGUGCUACCUGGUGGACACCCCGGUGCAGCAGCCCCUCAAGCGGCGCCUCUUCGACCCCGAGACCGGGCAGUACGUGGAGGUGCCGGUGCCCCAGCAGCCGCCCGUCGCCCCCGUCCCGCUGCCCCUCUCGCCUCUCGCCCUCAACGCCGGGGCGUACGGCGCCACGUACAUGCUCUACCCUGGCCUCCUGCCCGCCGCCGCCGUGCUGCCUGCUGGCACCCUGCAACGCCCGCUGUCCCACCCGGGCAGCGAUGCCAGCGCCCCGGCAGAGCCCGGCAGCCCGGCAGCGGAGGCAGCCUUCGCCGAGAGCCCCUACUACGUGGCCACCAGCAAGGGGCCGCUGCCACCGCAGCAGGGGGCAGCUGAAGCGAAGCCCGUCAUCAGCAUCACGGCCCCCGCCACUGGCCCGCGGAUCGUCGCACCACCCUCCUUUGAUGGCACCACCAUGCGCUUCGUGGUGGAGCACCGGUGAACAGCGCGGGGCUAAUUAUGAAGAAUCAUGCUCCUUAAAGCUGAAAUACACUUGGUAACCCUAAACAUUCAUCCUAUAAACUGCUUCUACGGUUUUCUCAUUUUUUUGCUUCAUCAUACAAAACAAGUGUGUAAGUUUCUUGUUUUCUCCUAAAUACCCCCCAGUUUUGGAGUCCACGUGCAUUUAAUUAUGCAAGCAACGCUAAAUUACUGCAUUGUUUUCUGCAAAGUUGUUUUUAUAUUGAAGCCAGUCUGCGAGCUUUAGGCAUUGCCUCUGUGCUGGUGGCUGGCGGUAGUAGUGCCACUGCAGCUGUUUGUAAAAUACAGGGUGUAAAUGCAGCAAUGUUACAGUGCGGAUCAGUGCACAGCUUUGUCCAGGUCGCUGGAAUAUGUUGUGAUGAUCCAGUGCAGCCCAGCAGCUCUUCAAAAAAAAUAAAAAUAAAGCCUUCAGCUCUCUCCCACUGCGGUAAAUGAGGGUCUUCCUCACGGGUUUCAGUGACAAUUGGCGAUUGGAUGUCUAUUUUGUACUCUGCACUUCUGCACUUGGCAUUGCAAACAGAGAGAUCUGUAGUGUUAGGAUUACCUUUAGUGGGUUUUUUUUGGCAUGGUUCAAAACAGAUUGUGUAACUGCCAGUAAACACAUUUGAUUGCUUUCAUCUUUUGUUUGUUCCACUGUACUGUGUAGAACAUCACAAGUUGCCUUAAUUAUAACAGUGUUUAAAUACUGAAAAGCCAGAAAUGGAAUGUCACAUUUUUAGAUUCUGGUUCUAAAGGAGAGAACAAUAUUUAUUUUUUUUUCUUUAGGACUACAGCCUUAAAUUCUUCCUUAAAUUGCAACACUGCUGAAAAUGUAAUCCUAGUGAUUCGUCUAUGAGAGGAGUUUUUAAUGUUACUGCCCCAAUAAUAUGCAGUUGUUUCUUUAGCUGUUGUUUGGCAGGUUUAUCUGAGGGCUACAUCCAUGCUAUACAUAUUUACUAAGAAAGUAUUUCCUUUUUGAUCAAGAAAAUAUAAAACAAGAUUAUUCAAAAUGCAGUGAUAUGUGUGUUGAUAUGUCAAACUCAAAUGGAUUCUUCUGUCGCCAGCAACAGUUUGUCGUAUCAGAACAGAAUUGUUAUCAUGACAGUAAAACUAAAAUACAGUAAUGUGUUCCCUGCCCAAAAUUCCAGUUCAGUGCAGCACUUUGGAAAGCUAAUAGAUGUAAGAUCAAGCCUAAAUUAUUUAGCAUAAAGCUUUCUUGAGGUAACAGGUCAGAAAUUUAAAAUCUAAAUGCAAAAGCCGAAAGUCUGUACUUAAGCAUUUGCCAACAGGCAAGAUUUUCCCGUGCCUGUUCUCAAGGUUUCCUGCUGCUAAGGAAAUUUCAGGGAUUUCCACUCUUAAAGAAAGCUCCAGGUUUUCAUUUCCAGAGUAACUAGUAAGGUAAAGAAAACUCAGCUGCAACUGUCUUUAACCAUACGUAUGAGACUGUAUUUCAAUGCUAUUUAUUUGUUUACAGGCACAAAUUGAAAUUGCCCUCAGGAUGAAAUGCACUGCAAGUAUACAGAUAGUGAGUGAUUUAACAUUUAUCUUCUCAUUUAUCUUCAUCCAUGUGGAAAUCCAAUGAAAAAGUGUUAUUCUAACCCUUUUAAAGAGCUUGGCACACCCAGCUAGGCCAUAUAGCACGUUAGCUUAAUCCCUCUCUUUGGCUGUACGCUCGGCAGUUACAAGCCUUAACUUCCUACCAGGAUUCAGGCUGAAUGCCUCUUAAAGAAAAUGAAUGCUUCUUCACCGUUUCCACGACUGAUAAGUCCAUAGACUUUAUGACUAGAGUAUCGGUGUUAAACAAAACACAACUUCAGACUGCAGGACGGUGCAGGUAACAGAGUAGAUUGUCCACUGUGCCAUACACGGGUGUGGUAUGUACACGAUAAUCCUAGCAUCCGUGUUUCAAAAUGUUUCUGUCCUAUCUUUUCUUAUAUCGGUGCUCAGAGCGAAGUUUCACGUUGCAGUUUACAAGGUACAGGUUUGCACACACAAACUCAGGGUUUACAGUUUCACCUGGUGUACUUGAAAGGAAAAAAAAUACGCAGAAAACAAGUGCCCAGGAUUUCAACAUGUGUCUGUGGGAGGAAAAUUUUGCAGGGUUUUUUAAUUGCCUGUGGAGACGAAAGCAAUGAAAUGAGGCAAUACCAACAGCUAUUUAUUUUCUCAGGGGAGAUUUCUUCAGUGGAACGUGUCAAUCCUAAUGACAAAAAGUAUUUCCUUUAUUUUGUCUGUUACUAAAGACUCCAUCAAGGGGUCAGUUCUGCAAGGAGUCUUGUUUCACAGACCCAGUCGAGCAAAGCCUUCACACACGUCUCUCACGUCAAAUAUCUCAGCAGAUUCCUGGGAACUUCAGUGGAAGCGCAGUUAUUUUGGUUUUUCACCCAUCGACACAGUGCUUUCCUGAACUUGGCCCAGAGCAUUGAGUGCCUUGCAGACCCAAGUCCCAGGCUCUUCGCUUUAUACCUAUAAAACCAGAGCUUUGGGCUUUGGUCUAGUCAGACCCAGCCAGUAAUGCCACCAAAGGUCGCCAGAAAAAAAGUCCGGUAAUAUGGUGCUUCUCCUUGUAUACCCAGUGGUGAAUUUUUCCAGCUGAUGGGGUAAUGUGUAACCACAUAUCUUGGAUUAAAGUCAAGCCCUCCACGUCAGGGUGCACAAGCUGCUAGUAUUAUAUGUUUUAUGGUGCAGUCAUAGUAUGUUACAGCUGAAAUUCACCUCAUGUGCAAAGCAGGGCAAAAUCCUGUGCAACACUUAAGUUCCUUUCCAGCCCUGCCGUCAGGGUUCAGGGUCUGCCACAGCCGGCCACUUCCACAUGUUUUAGGUCAGGAUCCGAUUAGAAGUUUGAGCGGGACUGCAGUGAUGCACAAGUAUUGUUCUGGUCUUUUGCAACGGGGUUGGUUUCACUCAAUUAAAUUUAAUCCUUGGUGAAUCUCGUGGUGAAUGAUUUAAAAUGUAUUUAUGGGUUGUGUGGGGUUUUUUUUUUUUCCCCUUGUCUGCAUUCAAAGCUACCUUUACUCUCUAGUGUUGAUGGCCAAAGCGUCAUUCCUUAUGCUUCUAAAUUACCAUUAACUUGUGGCUACCCGAGAAAACAUACUUUUAAAGAUGCUUGUGUUUUUUUCCCCUUUUCCUGUUUUUUUGUUAUUGUUGUUGUUUUUCUUCUUUUUUUUUCUUUUUUUUUCUUUUUCUUGCCUUUUUUUAAGGGGGUUAGUUAUCAGUGUGAGGAUAUUUAAAACUGCAAGUGUGAAGGAUAGUGAUUGUUAAGAGGAUGUGGGUGGUAUGUCUGAUGAGAAAGCAGUGGGCUAUAAGGCAAAGGGGAAAAUGUUGUGAACGCCUUGUGUCGAUGAUUGUUGACUGGGGGGGAGGGAUAAAAAAAAAAGAAGAUAUAUAACUGGAGAAAAAUUGACUCUUUGAGCUGCUCUCAAAGUAGACAACACCAUGGCAAGUUCGUAGCCAAAGCCCAAAGUGAUGCUGCUGCAGGAUGCCGUGAGCCUGGGAUCGAAGGACAGUGGAGUCACUCUGAGAAUUGCACUAACAGCGCGUUGCAUGUUGGGAACGCUUCAGAACGUCACAGCCAUGUGAGAACGGACUGUCUGAACCCGCUGAGUACUAAAGUUUGUAACUGAAUGAGUUAGCAUUUGUAUUAUGUUCGGAUUUUUUUUGAAUGUUAUGAUAAAUAAAAUGUAUUUUUCAG